UCUGAAGAAUAUAAUUGCUGCUUUGAACUUGAUUCCCACUGUUUCAUUGAUAAUAUUGAAGUUCAAUACUCUCCAAACGAGUGCAUAGUUUGAAUUGUUCUCAGUUUCAUAAAUAGAGAUGUUUUAGACAAGUGUUCAAUUAUUUUUGAUAUGAAAAUGGAGUGGAUUUUGUGUUUUGUAUUUGAUUACAGUAUUGAAUAAGAAAAAUGAUACAAUCAAUAAAGGAUUUCUUCAGCAUAGCCUUCAAGGUUAUAACGAUAUUGAUUUCCUUGGUUGCCAAAAGCAUAGGAUGGUUGAUCAUGAACUACAGGAAUGGAAUGUCUAACAGCAUGACCUGUUUGAAGGGAAAAACUGCCAUUGUCACUGGUGGGAACUCUGGAGUAGGUUACAUGACUGCAAUGUUGCUUGCAUCAAGAGGUUGUAAGGUCAUCAUUGCCUGUAGAAGAAACGCUGAGAAACAGAUAAACGAAAUAAAAGAGGCGACAAAUAAUCCCAACAUAACAUACAAACAUCUGGAUUUGUGUCGAUUCUCUUCUGUCCGACAGUUCGCAGAAAGUAUAAAGAAGGAAGAAUCGAAAAUAGACAUUUUAAUCAACAACGCAGGAAUUGCUUUUAGUGACGAAAUUGAAACUGAAGAUGGAGUAGCCCCAGCAAUGCAAGCCAACUUUUUGGGUCACUUUCUUCUGACACAUCUGCUGAUUGAUCUAUUGAAAUCAGCUGACGAGGGAAGAAUAGUUUUCCUUUCCUCUGCACUUUCAGGCUUUCAGAACAUCACCGCAAAGAAGUUAUAUCCAAUAAGACCUGUUACAAUGGAUAUCCACUUCGAAAACUAUUCGAAUUCAAAGGGAUGUACUGUGAUCGUUGCCCAAGAAAUGGCUAAAAAAUUGGGGAAAUAUAAGAUCAAAGUCAAUGCUGCUGAUCCAGGUGCAUCUGUAACCCCUAUCUUCGACACUUUGGAGGGAGAAGAAAUUGAUAAGACUGCUUAUAGAAUAGCGUUCAAAAUCAUGACUUUCCUCGUGGCAACAGAUUUGCUCAAAGCUGCUCAGACUCCAUUUCACCUAGCCACAAGCAAGGAAAUUUUAAAUGGAGCACAUUACUUCAGAUGCGUCCCUCUGCAGAAACCCAAACAACUGGAUGAUGAACAUUUUUGUGAAGAAAUCUGGAGAGAAUCAGAGAAAAUAGUUCGACUCAGACCUGAAGAAAGACUAUGAAUCAAGUUGUACAAGUACUUCUGCAAUAACACCACUCAUUGUAUGCCAAUAACAAUUCAUUCAUCUUCAUAAUCCCAAUAUGUAAAAUAAAUAAUAAUGAUAAUGUA